AUGUACUUGGAUAAAAAUGGAGAGGUAUCAGCUGAUAUGAACAUCAUAAGCUGGUUGGUUUUCCCCAAGGAGAACCCUAUCAAAGAGCAACUGGGGAGUUUUGAAAGACAGAAGCUUCUCAUCAACCAAGAUAUGCUGUCACGGCUUAAAUUGCUCAACAAGUCUCUGCCACAGUCCAAAUGUGUGGAAAAAUGCCAGCCUGGAUUUGUCAAGCGGGCUCAAGAGGGAGAGCCAGUUUGCUGCUAUGACUGUGUUCCUUGUCCUGAGGGGACCAUCUCCACUGAGGAAGAUAUGGAAAAAUGCACCACUUGUCCUGAUGAUAAAUAUCCAAAUAAGGACCGAGUCCAGUGUAUCCUCAAAGUUAAAUCCUUCCUGUCUUAUGAAGAACAUUUGGGUAUCAUCCUGGUCUCUUUUGCCCUGCUGUUGUUCCUAAUCACAGGCCUGGUUUUAAUUUUAUUCAUUAAAUACCGAGAAACUCCCAUUGUCAAAGCCAACAACCGGGACCUUUCUUACAUCCUCCUGGUCUCCCUCCUGCUUUGCUUCUUGUCUUCUUUUCUUUUCAUUGGUCAACCAAGGAAAGCCACCUGCCUUCUUCGACAAACAGUUUUCAGCAACAUCUUCUCACUUGCCAUUUCUUCUCUCUUGGCCAAAACGAUUACGGUGGUGCUGGCAUUCCUAGCCACAAAACCAGGAAAUCAACCUGGACUGAUUAUCCUGCUAUGCAACGAAGGCUCUGUUCUCAUGUUCUACAUCACCCUCAGCUACCUGGGCUUCAUGGCUGCUAUUUGUUUCAUGAUCUGGCCUCAGAAUGAUAAUGUAGCACUUGGGGAUGAAGAUGCAGCCCAGUAG